UUAUGCUAAAAUAGUGUGUUUUUAAUUAUUAAACCUUCUCCUAUAAACCAUGAGCCGCUCUGAUGAUGAUGCAACUUUACUUUGGCAUCACGUGAUGCAAGUUUUCCCGCGCCAAAGCCGUUAAGAAGAAACCGUUAUAUAACGAACCUUAUCGGAGAAAGGCUUCACAAAUCUCUUUCUCUCUGCUUUCGCGUUCCUCUGUUUCCUCUCGAUAGUGCUGACGAUUCUUGGAAGAAAAAGCUUCGAGAAAAGACAACAAUGGCAACGGAAAGAUCCUUCUCGCAGCUCCCGAUCUCCUCUUCUCACGGUGGCAGGAGGAUGAUGAACACCAGGAGAGGAGUUUUCCCGGUGUCGGAGUACUGGAUCCACGCGAUUCCCGUGAUCAUCUUCCUCUGUUUCUUCACACUCUGGUUCUUCUCCCACUCAGUGAGCUUGGACGAGAACAGUGGAGAGAUAAUUUCAGUGCGUCUCCUCGAGAAGAAAUCCAUGGCGGCCGUGAGAAACGAGUCUCACGUGAGUUUGGCGGUUCUUGCUUCCUCCGCGGUGUCACCAGUCGUCUCUGCCAACGUUACUCUCACUGCUCAUCGCAACGAAACGCAACCUCGCAAUGCAACCGACACGAGUGAGCUUCGUAAACGGGAAGAGAUAAAGGCGAAAGGGAAGAAGAAGGAGAAGAAGAAAGGUAGAAAAGAGAAGAUGGAGAAAGAUAUCAACAAGUCCAAAUCGGUGAAGAAGGGAAAGAAGUCACUCGCCGGUUAACACUUCCACUUGCGUCUUUUGCUGUUCUUGCUACUUUGAUUCUUGAGUUUGUUGUGAUGAUGAUGAUGAUCUUCUAGAAGUCUGUUUUAGGGUUGCUAAUACUGUUGUUGUAGCUUAAGCUGUUUCCACGGCGGUUACUACUCUGUUUUUUACUCCCUCUUAAGUCAGUU